UGUCACACGUACAGCCGACGAGAAAAGUAAUUUUUAAAACCAGUCGUUCACCGCUGAUCAUCCUGAAAAGGUCGAGUAAAGGUGUAUCUCUGGUUUGAGAGGCCUCUCAUACCUGCAUUCUUCGCAAUUAAAGCAGCAUCAAUACCCAAAUGCUCAUCGGACGACAAUUUUUUUUUUGCCCUUUCUCUGCAAAAUGAAUUACGGUAUUCCGAAGGUCAGUUAUUGUCAGUCGCGUGUCUUCGACGACUUCUGAAAACGUGGAGAUGAAUUCUUGAGGAUUCCCAAGUGCCAAUAAUAAACCGUUUGGAAAUAAUCCACCACAGAGCCAUCAAAAGAAAUAAAGUGAAAGUACCUGGACUAGACAUUUUAUGGACCUCAUCUCUGCUGCUGCCCUCCUCCCCACCCCCUGGUACAAUUGUGAAGAAUAGCCGCCUCAUCCUGGUGCAUGAAUUGUUGAGAGAUGAUGACACACGAUUUCACCUCAGUUUUCCCUUUUCGCUGGUGCCCAUUGCUCAAGCCAUUCGCCAUCGUCAUUAUUCACCGUCUGUCGUUUUUUUAUCUCGAAUUAAUUGUCCAACGACUUCUGUGUUUUGCGCUGUUGUCAGCGAGUCAAACGUUCCAAUCUUGCAGUGGGUCAGCCGACGUUGUCAACAUUCCACCUGCCAUGAUGUACUGAUGUUAAAUUCAACGGGGAAGACAGAGCAUUAUCUCAAGGACCUUAAAAAAAUAGGAAAAAAACCAACGAGUGAAGUUAAAAUCAUGAAUUAUCCCUAGCAUGAACUAAAGAGAGAUGAAAUGAUCGUUAUGACAAGACGAAAUUGGGCCCUGAGGCUCUCGAUAGUCCUCAACAUCUGCGUUUUGUUGUAUGUCUGUGCGCAUUUUGGAUCUUGGCAGGAGGAAGGGACCAACUGGGACACCGGUGGUGUUGCUGCUCCACUUGUCCAGAACGUCUUCGGUAGUGAAAGUAUUCAAAUUAAUUCGAGUGCGAAAACAGCUCAGGAAGCUAGGGCAACGAGAGUCAUGGGAAUCGAGAGAUACGAGAAGAAGAAUAUCGAUACGUCAACAGCUGGAUCUGAGGGUGGUAUCAAAGGGGUUGAUGCCACCAAAAUUUUGGGAAAGGACGACACCAUUGAGGGACAGGUUAAUGAUCCACUGUCCCCGUCGUCCUUAAACCUCAAGGACAUCGUGGCGUGUACAGACAAGUCCCAGGAACCCCGAAAGAUGCAGCGUGGGGACUACUGGGUACUCUACAAUUAUGUACCGAUGACAAUCUCGGUGAAAUGCUGGGAAACCCUGACGUACACCACACACGCUGAUUACACAUUUUUGGACAAUGUUGAGCCUCUCCUGGAGAGAUGGAGAGCACCUGUAUCCAUUGCCAUGCAUGCACCGGGUUACGACUUUCAAACGACAGUCGACUCGAUCAAGUACUUGAGGAACUGUGGGAGUGAACUUGUAUCGCAACUUGUUACCUUUCACGUGUACUUCAGCAGCAAACACGUGCCGAAUGUUGUGCCACCGAGCAAAGAGGUCGUGAACGACUCCUACAACUGCACUCUGGGCCCGCCCUGGGCAAAUCCUCAGAACAAAAAAAUGUACAAGGUGGAGAAGAAUCUCUUGUACCCUGUAAACGUCGGUCGUAACAUUGCCAGAGAGACAGCAGUGACUCACUAUUUAUUGGCGAGUGAUAUCGAGCUUUAUCCCAGCCCUGAGCUGCCCUCAAAAUUUUUGGAGAUGAUUAGACGACGUGAUCAGCCAGCUCUGUUGACACCUAAUCCCAAGGUCUUUGUUCUAUCAAUUUUUGAAGUCGACGAGAAGAGUUUACCACCCAAGAAUAAAACUGCCCUGCAAAAAAUGUUGAAAUCAGGAUCGGCAAUACCAUUCCACAAAAAAGUCUGCUCGGCAUGUCACAAUAUUCCAAAAAGUAAAGAAUGGCAAGACGCACCAGAAACCGAUGGCCUCCACAUAUUUCACGCUGGAAAAAGAACAGGUACGUUUGUUCACUGGGAGCCAAUAUUCAUAGGAACAAAUUCAGAUCCAUCGUACGACGAGAGACUCAGUUGGGAGGGUAAGAGUGACAAAAUGACACAGGGCUACGAGCUCUGUGUGCUAGACUAUGAUUUUUUAAUUCUCGACAAUGCAUUUCUCGUUCAUCGGCCCGGAAUCAAGUCUCACAAAAAGGAUCAAAAGAGAGACAUGAUAACGGCUAAGACAAAUCAUUUUAUCAAAAAAAUUAUUGUACCGGAGCUUAAGGUCAUGUUUGGUAAGAGAACAGGUUGUGCUGUGUGAAGAAGGGUUUUUUGUAAUGUAUUUUUUUCACAUUGACUGAUUCAAUCAUGGGAAAACGUGAUAAAUCCCUGGAUUAUUCAACCUCACUUUUUGUCACUCCUGUUUGUUAUGAUUAAUUAUUGAUUAGUGAUAAGGUGAUUUUUGAGGCUCGAUUGGACAAAUUUGAAAUAAGCUUUUGUUUUUUCAAGUUUGGCAAUAGGUGGGGGAAAAUGUCUAGGGAUUUUUUGUACUCGACAUUUUCUCCGGGUUGUCUCGAAAUCGAAAAAAUUAUUUAGAGGUUAGAAAGUGGACUUUUCACUCUUUUUCACUUCGCCACUGCAUUAUUUUUAUUUCUUUUUUUUUUUGUUGUCUUUUAUGCGAGACUUUCGUCGGUGCACGGACGUAUUUCAAUGCAUUCAGCGCAUGUCACGACGAGACUGUGAAGUGAAAGUCGAGGUUUUCUUUCUUUUGACGAUUGAUUCAGAAGUAAGCGUUGGUGAACAAAGUUGAAGAGGUUAGGUGCUAAUGCUCGACUGCAUCGACGAUUGUUUGGAAUGAUAACAUCGGUAAUAAUUGUUUUUUGUUAUUCAAUGAAGAAAAAUGGGCCAAAAUAGUACUUAAAUGACGUUGAGAGGGUUCACCAAAGAGUCGUGAAGGUCCAAUCGAGUGAAAAUAAUUCUGGAGUGAAUUGAUGAAGAUAAACGACAAGUUGAUACGUAUAUUUUUGCGAAUAAAUCAGAAAAUAACUCAGAAUAGUGUACAGACCAGUAGCCAUGUUCAUUCUCUGUGUAUUUUAUUCCAAUAUUUAUUCUUCCUAAACCAUGAGGACAAAAUGAAAGAAAUGCCCAAAGUAGAGAAUGAAAUUUUUUCCACAUAAUUACUCAAUGAAAUAAAAUGCAUUUAAAGGAUCUCCUGAUUUUUCCAUGGAAUUUCCUCAAAUUAAAUUGAAAUUUUCGUUGUCUAUUCUACUUGUCUUCUCAUAGAAAAAUUAAAUGUUUGAGCACAGGAAAUUCUGUAGAAUAUGUGUCAAAAAAAAUAAUUAUUCAGAAAUGAUUCACGUUAAACAUUUCAAUAGAACUAACUUAAACGUAUAAACAAAUGAAUUUCUCUCGAUGUCGAGAGAGAGGCCAUUGGCCCCUGAGAACUUCCUGGCUACUUCAUGGUGUUAUUAUUUUCUAACUCUUAACCAUAAAAGUCUCUUCAUCAUUCCACUACUGAAUUACCUAUUAUUUUCUACGCAAUCUGUGACUCAAGUAACUGAGAAGAGAUGUUUGUAAAUAAUGUAUACUUGUGCGUCUCACGCCUUUAAUAUUUAGAGUAAUUAAGGUUAAAAAAAUUAACUACGAGAGAGUGAAGGAAUAAUAUCUUGCUCCCGCGGAUGAUAACUGUGCCUUAUCGCCUCUGUCCUCAGUAUGAAUCGUUGUAAAAAAAAAUAAUAAUGAAAACUAAGGACCGGCCGAAGUCCUAACCUGACUUUUACUGUGUGGUGUACGUGUAAUCUCUUGCCAAGUUAUAUUUUUCAGUAUUCAAUUUAAUGGAGAUUAUCGAUGGAUCGGACAAUCGAACAGCAGUCAAAAUGUUUGUUAGAGUUACCUGAUUUUGAGGUCUACAUGCGCGAUUUGAUUUAGUGGAGAAGUUGUUUGCUGUCAUUUUUUUUAUUCCAUCAACUACUUCCUCUUACUGAUCAUGGAAUUUUAUCGAUAAUUGUUCACUCCGGGAGUCAGAGUGGAGAAAAUUUUCCAGCUGGAAAUGUUCUGUGAAAAAUUUCGCGACAUUUUCUUCUGGAAAUAUCUCCCCUGCCCCUUCACCACCGAAUUAACCUCAAAAUCAGAAUAAGAUUUUAUGGAACAGCAGUAAAUGAACAAAUGUAUUGAAAGAACCACUGUAAAUAAUUACUCUUAAAAAACUAAUGUCUGGAGGAGUGAAGGAGAAACGAAAAAGACGGGGAGAAAAUAAAUGCACAUUUUUUGCAAUAAACAAGACAAAUAA